AUGGCAUACGGCACUCGAUCGAGAGCGGCUGCAAAGUGUUCCCCUGAUACUACAGACCAGCAUCAGUGCGGCGAGAUGAAAAGAGUAUUCGACACAGACUCCAACUCGUACGACAGCUUGUCACCAAAACACUGCUUUCGGUUUCUUGAUCUGCCUCUCGAACUGAGAAUCGAGGUGUACAAGUAUGCGUUCACGGAUCACUCUGAUGAUCUGCCAUCUACGAUUCUUUUCACAACCAAGCCAACCCCUCUGAAGUCAACCAGUCUACUGGCGACUUUUCUGUCCUCGCAGGAAAGACCUGAUCUCGGUCUCUUACUUACAUGCCUCCAAAUACAACAGGAAGCAAGCGCAAUUCUCUACGGUCAAAAUUGUCUCCUUCUUCAGACUCCGAUCCACUUGAACAACUUCCUCUUACGUAUCGGAGAAAAUCGCCGUUUCAUCCGCAAGAUCCGCUUCAACAUAGCUUCACGCCUUCCAUGUGAGAUGUUAGAAGUUGAGCGAAACGCUCAACUUUUGUCCGAAGCCAGACUCAAACGCUACUCAGUAGAAAUUGGCUACCAGGGCUCCAGCUUCCUCAAGACUGCAGAGGAGAUCUUCGCAUCUCUGACGCCCAUGCUCAAAGUGCUCCAUACACAAACCAGAGCGGGAGACGAUGCUCUCGAUGUUGUGGAAAUUCUUCAGAGAGAUUUGUGCCCUCGGUUUGUAUCCACGGACCCCAAUAAGUGGUCAACUUGUCCCAAGAUCUUUGAUGGUCCUUGCGAACGUUGUCUUACCAAGGAAAUUGCUUAUCAUCAAUUGAUGAAGGCCAUCAAAGAAAAGUGGACUGGAUUGAAGGCUACGCUGGAAGAAAGUUGA